AUGAAAUUAUCCAAAAAGUAAUUAAAUUCAAUUUCAUAUAAAGUACUAUAGAUUAAGGAUAAUUAGAUAGUGCUUAUUCAAGGUGAAACUGGAUCAGGCAAAACCACAUAAGUGCCUAAAAUUUUAUUCGAGGCUAGAAAAGAAUUGCACAAUAAACAUACAAUAGCUAUCACAUAGCCGAGAAGAGUAGCUGCCAUAAGUUUAGCUAUGAGAGUUUCUCAAGAAUUAAAUAAGCAAGUAGGAGACGUGGUUGGAUACAGAGUUAGAUUUGAGGAGAAAUUGUCAGUCAGGACUAGGAUUAAGUUCUUGACUGAUGGUAUGCUUUUAAGAGAGGCAAUUAUUGAUUCUAAUCUUAAAUAGUACGGAAUUGUAAUUCUCGAUGAGGCUCAUGAAAGAACUGUCAAUUCUGAUACUCUAAUGGCAUUGCUCAAGAAAAUUGCAUCUUAAAGAUAAGAUGCCACCUUAGAAGUUGAAAAGUUUUGCAAGUACUUCGGGACUGAAGCAGUAGUUGAAGUCAAAGGUAGAACUUUCCCAAUUGAGAUAUAUAAUAUACUAGGAGAGGAAGAGGAUGGUGAUAUUUUAUCAUUUUUGACAGGCUAGGAAGAUAUUGAGGAGGCUGAAGUGAUAUUAAAGGAGAAAUUCUAAAUAUUCGGACUUUAAGAUUAAGUUGUGAUACUUCCAUUAUAUGCUAAUUUGCCUUCAGAGUAAUAAAUGAGAGUGUUCAAAGCUUAUCCAUAAAGAAAGAUAAUACUUUCAACAAACAUAGCUGAAACAUCAGUAACCAUCUCUGGAGUAAGAUAUGUAAUUGAUAGUGGAUUGGUAAAAAUUAGAACAUAUAAAAACUCUACUGGAAUUGAUGCUCUUAAAGUUGAACCUAUAUCGUAGAAUUCUGCAAUUUAAAGAGCAGGUAGAGCUGGAAGAGAAAGAGCUGGGAAAUGCUUUAGAUUAUUUACAGAGGAGUCUUUCAAAGAAUUAGAGCCAAAUACCAUCCCAGAGAUUAUGAGAUGCAAUUUAAGUGGAGUGAUAUUAAAUCUAAAAGCAAUAGGGAUCAAGGAUGUGAGCAAGAUUGACUUUAUAGAUAAGCCUACUUAGCAAAGCUAUGUUAGUGCUUUCCAAAUUCUUAUGAAGCUGGGAACAUUAAAUCCAUAAAAUGCAGAACUUACUUAAUUAGGAUAGGAGAUGGCUAUUUUGCCAACGGAGCCACUAUUUUCCAAACUUCUCAUUACUGCUUUAAAAGAUGAAUAUAUUGAGAUCAAAGACAGCAUUAGUGCGAUAGUAGGUCUUCUAUCAGUGGAAAACAUUCUUUUCUAGCCAAAGGGAUAAGAGAGUAUUGUCUUGAAGAAGAGGAAAAAAUUCAUUAAUACAGAAAGUGAUCAUCUGACCUUGCUAAAUAUUUUCAGCCAUUUUAAAGAGGUUUACAAAACAAAAUCUAAAAAAGAUGCAAUAGAAUUCGCGAGAGAGCAUUUUUUCAAUGAUAAAUCACUAGUCAAAGCUCUUUUGAUUAAGGAGUAGUUGGAUGAUUACCUGAAGUAGAUUAUUGAUAAGAGAAAUAAGAAUUAAGUUAGUUAGAUGAAAUAGGAUGGGGAGACUGAAAAGAUGAGUGAUUACCAAGAGAUAUAAAUAUCCAACAAGGAAAAGUAGCAAAAGGUAGUAAGAUGUCUGAAGGAUGGUCUAAUUCUUAACGUGGCUACAUUAGAGAAAGGAAAUCAAUAUAAGACAAUGAAUAAUGAGGAAUGCUCUAUCCAUCCUUCAUCAUUUUUAAUUGGUAGUGAUAUUAAAAAAGGAUCUAAAGAACCCGGCAAAGUUCUUAGACAGAAGAUUAUUUUUUCAGAGAUUAUCAAUACAACUAAGAAUUACUUAAAGUACGUGACUGACAUUACAUUUAUUGAUUGA